AUAUUUGGAUCGUGGUGUGUGAGCUUUAACUCCCCCCCUUUCCCCGCGGCCACUAGGGUUUCUCCUCCUCUUUCCUCUCCUCCUCCGCCCCGACGCCUCGCUAGGGUUUUUGCCUCUCCCUCCGCCGCCGCCGCUGCCGCGAGGAGAGGAGGGGGGGAGAGCACCCAGCCGGCGAGCCAGCCAUGUCGCUGCGCCCGAGCGAGCGGGUGGAGGUGCGGCGGAACCGCUACAAGGUGGCGGUGGACGCCGAGGAGGGGAGGCGGCGGCGCGAGGACAACAUGGUGGAGAUCCGCAAGAGCCGCCGCGAGGAGAGCCUCCUCAAGAAGCGCCGCGAGGGGCUCCAGGCCCAGGCCCCCGUCCCCGCCUCCGCCGCAACCGGCGUCGAUAAGAAGCUCGAAAGCCUUCCUGCUAUGAUUGGUGGAGUUUAUUCGGACGAUAACAACCUUCAGCUUGAGGCCACAACACAGUUCCGCAAGUUGCUUUCUAUAGAGAGGAGCCCUCCAAUUGAAGAGGUUAUUCAAUCAGGCGUUGUUCCUAGAUUCGUGCAGUUUCUUACCAGAGAGGAUUUCCCCCAGCUACAGUUCGAAGCUGCGUGGGCACUUACAAACAUUGCAUCUGGCACUUCGGAGAAUACAAAGGUUGUCAUUGAUCAUGGGGCUGUACCAAUAUUUGUGAAGCUUCUUGGUUCUUCUAGUGAUGAUGUUCGUGAGCAGGCUGUAUGGGCAUUGGGCAAUGUUGCUGGUGAUUCCCCUAAGUGCCGUGACCUUGUUCUUGCCAAUGGUGCAUUGCUGCCUCUGCUAGCACAGUUGAAUGAGCACACUAAACUCUCUAUGCUAAGGAAUGCAACUUGGACUUUAUCGAACUUCUGCAGAGGAAAACCACAGCCAUCAUUUGAACAGACUAGGCCUGCUCUUCCAGCACUGGCACGGCUUAUUCACUCCAAUGAUGAGGAAGUUCUCACUGAUGCGUGCUGGGCUCUUUCAUAUUUAUCUGAUGGCACUAAUGACAAGAUCCAAGCCGUGAUUGAAGCUGGUGUUUGCCCCCGUCUUGUGGAGCUUCUCCUCCAUCCAUCACCUUCAGUGCUUAUACCCGCACUACGAACUGUUGGAAAUAUUGUAACUGGAGAUGACGCGCAAACUCAGUGCAUCAUUGAUCAUCAAGCCCUCCCUUGCCUCCUAAGUCUGUUGACACAAAAUCUCAAGAAAAGCAUCAAGAAAGAGGCUUGCUGGACUAUUUCAAAUAUUACUGCUGGUAACAAAGAUCAGAUACAGGCUGUCAUAAAUGCUGGCAUUAUUGGUCCUCUGGUGAAUCUGCUCCAAACGGCAGAGUUCGAUAUCAAGAAGGAAGCUGCAUGGGCCAUCUCAAAUGCUACUUCAGGCGGUAGCCAUGAUCAAAUCAAGUAUCUGGUGAGCGAGGGCUGCAUCAAGCCAUUGUGUGAUCUUCUUAUUUGCCCAGAUAUAAGAAUCGUUACAGUUUGUUUGGAGGGUCUCGAGAACAUUCUUAAAGUAGGAGAAACCGACAAGACCUUGGCUGCAGGUGAUGUGAAUGUCUUUUCCCAGAUGAUUGAUGAAGCGGAAGGUUUGGAAAAGAUUGAGAACUUGCAGAGCCAUGAUAACAAUGAGAUCUAUGAAAAAGCUGUGAAGAUUCUUGAGGCCUACUGGAUGGAUGAGGAGGAUGAUACAAUGGGAGCUACCACGGUAGCUGCUCCCCAAGGUGCUACUUUUGACUUUGGCCAAGGCGGUGGUGCUGCUCAAUUCAAAUAAAUACAGAUUUGACCAGAGGUGGUAAAUUGUGGCCACUGUGCGGGGUACUGAAUUGUUCUGGUGGUUCAAUAAGCUAAAGGUUUCAAGGGGGCCAGUGUUACAUUAUUUCCCUACUGGUCACGGAUAUCAUAUCACUACGUCUGUAACAGGGAUUAAAGCUUUGAAGUCUGCGUUUUUCAUCAGGCUACUACUAUGUAGUGUUUGCAUCUUUUAGUAUGGUGUGCAACAUUUUGCUACUUGUAUAGCCUGAGUCGAAGCUUCUGCAAAGCCGUCACAACACAUUCCUGAACCCGUCUGGUUUUGAGUUUCGUCAGGAGUGUGCUGAGUUGCAGUUUGUCCGGACAUGUAAACCAUUAUGCCUUUUAAAUUAUAUAUUGCUAGGGUUUGUUCGGUUCUACUA